UCCAAGUAUGAUCGAAGGGGGGUAGUUGAAUCCAAAUGCGACGUGACAGCGACCUUGGAAUGAUUUUGCAGCGGCGUUUUGAAUCUGCGACUCACUAAACUGGAAGAUAUUCUUCCAUCAAGCAUGACUGGGGUGAUGGUGUAAAGCACGUUUUCUAUUUGAACGUUCGGAGCGAUGGUCGAGGCAUGCUAGCGUUCGAUUUGAAAUUCUCCUUAUUCCAAGUAUGAUCGAAGGAGGAUAGAGUUGACACCAAAUGCGACGUGACAGCGACCUUGGAACGAUUUUGCAGCGGCGUUUUGAAUCUGCGACUCACUAAACUGGAAGAUAUUCUUCUAUCAAGCAUGACUGGGGUGAUGGUGUAAAGUGUCGUGUUCUAUAUGAACGUUCGGAGCGAUGGUCAUGGGAAGAGGCAUGCUAGCGUUCGAUUCGAAAUUCUCCUUAUUCCAAGUAUGAUCGAAGGGGGGUGGAGAACACCAUAUAAUCUGCACCAGGAGAUGUUGUUACUUUCGACACUCCAGCCUCAUGAUGUCAAGCGCCCCUCGAGACGAGAAACCACCGAAUCCUGUGAAGAGGUCCUGGCCAACAUGGCACUACACAGAAGCGAACCAGGGCAAGGAUGCCAUCAAGACAGCCAUUGCGAACCUCUUCUGGCAAUCGAUGGCCGAGGCUAUUUCUCUCAUUAUGAGCGACACCAUCGAAGUUGCAAAACGGGCAGGUAUCAAUGUUUUAGCUCUAGCAAAGACAGCGGCACCGGUCUCCACAACCGAUAUAUUCGAUCCUACAGAGGAGGAGAAGGCAUUUACUCAUGUCGCGCGGUGUCUUUUACAGAGUGCAGGCCUUUUUGAUAUAGAUGUUCUCCUUGAAGACAGAGGAAUGGGCGAUCGUAUCGGGGCACCAAUAGAAGCGCUGGAUUGGUUAUUUACCCGUGAUCUGUUGCGAUUCACGACUCGUGGAGUCUUGCGAUGGGGUAAUGCCCAUGGGUCUGUCCUGUGGGGGCCAUUAAAAUUCGAAACGGGUAUUAAAACAGAGGAUAAACAAGUCGAUGGUAUCCUGAUCACUUCGCGAUUCAAUCCAGUUGGCAAACGUCCCGCGCUGCGUCUUGUUCCAGCCAACAUGACCGCAAGACUCCACACAACAGAUAUGGAACAGAUACCACUUGACACCGUUAGCCGCAUUCCGACCUCUCGGCCUUUUGCCCUGAUCAAGGAGGUCAUAGACGGGUUGUUCGUCCAGGUCAACAACAGGGACGUGUAUACCGAGGCAGUCUUGGACAAAUUUGUCUUUCGCACCUUGGAGCUGUACAAGUACAAGGUCGUGCAGCGACUAUCGCCAUCGAAGCUAGAGGAGGCGAGAAAUGUUGCCGUCCAGGAUAUCACGAGCACCUGGAUGAAUUACCAGAACACGAGGGCAUUCGAGAAACUUGUGCUUGAUCAGAGCGGAGUUUUCGUCGACCUUGUAUGGAGUGACCCGGACAUCACACGUUGGACAUCCAUGUUCCAGAACUGUCAGCACUUCUGUUCGAACCUUCUGAAGUCGAAGUGCUUCUUGCGUGUCGACGGUUACGAUAGAGCUGGGCUGCCUAGAGCUCCUGUUCUGCCGGACGAUAAGAAGUACGAGUCAUCGCUUCCCAGCAUACUGAAGGUCUUCGCACUUGUCGAUGACCAAAGCCCACGGAUUAGCCCUACUUUCGCGCAAUAUUUUGAUUCGGUGACGCGGUCGAAGGAAGGAGCGACGAUGGUAUCGUUCAAAGAGCCGGAAGUGGAGGAAACGCUGAAGUCUCAGCCGGGGAGAGCUUCUCUGCUUGAUAUGAGAAUGUACGGGAUUCCGAUCUUGCCUGGGACAGUGGAAUAUUCCAAGACUAAUUUGCGGCUCGGACUUCGUCCUGAUGAGCCCAACGAUGCAUGGUUUGCAAUCUCGGCUGCUACUCUCUACUUCGUCGCUCCGACAGAUCCCUUGCACGAAAUCACGCAGAAGCUGGAGAGCACGUCCAGAGCUACAGCACUGGGUAUACUGGGGCUCGGCAUGUUUGAGUGGUUAGAGAAGGCCGCCAAUCCGAGGCUCCUGAACUCAAUCAUGUUCGACGCGCUGAUGCUACUGACAGAAAAGGAGCGACAAGAUAUUCACGAUGAUGUCAAGUAUGCAAAGCUGCUUAAAGAGGCGCAGGAAAAGUUGGCGAAGGCAAAGCAGCAAGGUGAUGCCCAGUUGGUGGAAAAGUGCACGCAGCGAGUGUUGGCUAUCGAGGCCAGUAGGAGGUACGAGGUCGACAUACCUAAACUUCGGGCGAAGCAACGUGGAAGUUGGGAUUUUUUGGCUGGUCUGAACUGA